GCGAGGGACUUGGGAAUCAACAAGAAACCACGAAACAUUUUACGGUUUCUUUGUGUUGUGGAAGAUAAUUUUAUCCUAAGCUAUUUCACGCAACACGAGGGUGGUAGGGAGAAAGCCUCUGCCUGGUGUACGACCAGUGGCCUCGAUAAUCUCGGUAAAUGGAAGCCACUGAUUAACGCAAGGAUGGCAAGUGGUGGAAACAGUCGUUCUUCCACACCCGAUGUGGAUUACACUGAAGCUGACACGGAGUCAGAUCAGAUGGACACAGAGGAUGUGUCGAAGAGUACGGAGACGGAUCACCACGAACCAUGCUUAAUGCCAAAUCCAAUAGAACGAGGCAUCAUGAUCUUGAGACGGGCAAAUUCAGACACAGAAAAAUUUGCUGCCCUUCUCAUGGUUACGAAGCUUAUCAAGGCGGAACAGCUGGACGAAGAUUCAAAGAAGCGGAUAAUGGAUGCAGUGGGACUCGACUUCUUAGCACGGCUCUUGAAGACCAGUGAUGUUCCGGAAGGCUGUCCUCCUUUCAUGUUUAAGUCAAUAGCCCUCACGAUACUAACCUGUUUCAUUUCUUCAUGCGUGGGGAAUCCAACUUUGUACGGCCUCAUACCUGUGUUAAGCGACAUAAUAUCAAAGCCAGAGUUAUAUGACGGUGAUUUGACUCUAGUAAAAGAUUCCUUUCAGUGCUUAAAGAGCAUUUCAUCCGAGAGAAGUGGAAGAAAAGCGAUAAUAGACUUCGAAGCAGUGGGGCCCCUCGUGGAUGCCUACGUUGCAGAGAGCUUCUGUUAUGAGGAGGCGUUAGAAAUCUUGCUCUUAGUGUUGGCCGAGGAAGGUCCCAGGACAUGGGAGGACGAACCUGAGGCUUUUACCAAACUUAUGGAUAAUAUGGCUCAUGAAUUUGCAGUUGACCAAACUGAAAGAAAGUUUAACUUGUGUGAGUUUAUUACUGAACUAUUACAAAGCUUGCCUCUUACCGCUUCUUCAACAGGGAGUCCAUCUUGGAAGAAGGACUUGCACAAAGGGUUGUCUGAUAUGAUUUUAAGUAAAUUAGGUCGUGAACAAAGGGAUAAAGCUUUAAGAUUAGCAGGUGUGGCCAUGGAGAGUCUGGGCGUUUCGUGGAUCUUGCAGUCAGAUAACGGGUCUCCAGCCGAUGGCAAAGGCAGGCAGGUGCUUUUAAUGAUGGUUCAUUUAGCUUGCAUUGAAGUAAGGAUGAGCCUGGAAGAUAAGACUUUCAAAGAGGCAGUUGCUUUAGCUUCGCCUACAACUGCUUGCUAUACGAUUCUUGAAUUAGCUAUCAACUUCUUAGUAAAUGGAGCAGUAAAUUUUGAACAAAAACAGAAACAGCAGUUGUACGCUGCUUUGAAAGGGGCCUUCAAUGCUGUUCUGAUCUUUUUAAAAGCUUCUUUUGACGAGUCAUUUUCUGAAAAUCCAAAGAAUCACCUUUUUGUGUGUGCCACAAUCCGGGUCCUUGGUGCUUGGUUAGCUGAAGAAACAGCUGCCAAUAAGGAGGAAGUUUAUGCGACAAUACCAUUUAUAAUCAAAACUUGUAGGUAUAACUUUGAUUGGAAUAAUAAAAGGGCUGCCUUAAAAUCCAAAAAGAAAAGCCAGUCAAAAAUUAGUUUGAAAGAAGACGAUGAAAAUUUGCCUGAUAUUUUUAGGUUCCUUUUACCUGGUUUGUGUCAUCUCACGGCAGAAGAUAAGCCAAGAUCUCUUUUAUUGGAGCUUGAGUUAGAAAAUCUUUUAUUUGAAUAUUUACAUUACCACUGGAAUAGCAUAAGAUGUAUAUUUGGGCCUCAGAGCAAAACAGACGAGUUAGAAAUGCCGGCAGAAAUAGUCAAUUCAGCCACAGAAGCCAUGGAAACAAUCUGUAACAUUUUUAUGAAUAUUGUAGUGCAAGAACCAGAAAAGGUAAAGAUAGAUCCAUUUUAUUAUUCUCUACUUAAAUUUAUAUUCAUGAAAGUACCAGAUAUUCCUUCAGAAAGUCCACAUUUGAGAUUGUGUGGAAACUUCUCAAUUCUUGGGUUAAUGAUUCUGAGGCACCAACAUCCGAAUGUGAAAAGCACGGACUUUACCAUUUUUAGAUUUGUGCAGACCACUGUGCGUUUCCUCUGGGAUGCCCAUAAUGUUGAAGAGAGUCAUGAUUAUGCCACUUUAGUCGUCUCCACAAAAUAUGAAUCUCACUGGGGAAGCUUGAUGGACUUGUGGUUCCUCGGAAUGCACACCCUCAGCCUUCUCCUCCCAUCAAUUCCUUGGCUGUGCGACUUCUUGAUAGAAAGCGAGUGGCCACAGACUAUUAUCCUCACCCUCAUAUCAGUCAGAGAGGGUGGCGUGGACCCAGGCCUAAAGAGUGCUUUGGAGGAUUUCCUCUGCCUUCUGGCAAAGUCCUCUAGAGCUGCUUUUAAUAUCAUGAAGGAAAAAGGUGUUGAUCAGGUUUGUAAGAAUCACAACUUUGAAGAGUUGUCAAAAGUAUUUAGUUUGAGCACUACUAAGAGUGAAAAAGCCGUAGGUUCUUCAUGAAUUGUCUUUGUGAUAACUAUGCAUACAGUUCAAACUUUUAUCAUAAGGUUUGCAAAAUAAUGUACUAGUGUGUCAGUGAUGUCUUUUACUUAAUGUCUGGUGUUGUCAUCAUUAUUGUUAUUUUCAUUAUCUGAUAUUAAUAUUAUCUUUGUUAUCUAAUAUUAUUGUAAACCACUUGUAGUUUAAAAAAUGUCUUGUCUUCAUUCUCUCCUUCAUAUUUAUAUCCUCAGUAUCAUUAUUAUUUAUAUUUUUAAUGGUAGUAAUAUUGAUGGUAACAGUAAGACUGGAAAAUAACAGUAAU